ACGCGGCGGCGCGCACGUGACGUCUCGCAGCCGGCUUUUUUCCUCUUUCUCUCUCCCCGCUCCUGCUCGCUUGCGCAGCUGCUACACCGGUCUGCAGACAUGGCGAACGUCGCAGACACAAAACUGUACGACAUCCUCGGUGUAUCGCCGUCGGCCACCGAAAACGAGCUCAAAAAGGCAUACCGGAAAUUAGCAAAAGAAUAUCACCCUGAUAAAAACCCCAAUGCAGGUGACAAGUUUAAGGAGAUCAGUUUUGCGUAUGAAGUUCUGACUAACCCAGAGAAGAAGGAGCUCUAUGACCGAUAUGGAGAGCAGGGCUUGCGUGAAGGAGGUGGUGGUGGAGCCGGGAUGGAGGACAUCUUCUCUCACAUCUUUGGUGGAGGUCUGUUCGGCUUUAUGGGCGGCCAGAGCAGCAGGAGCCGAAACGGAGGCAGACGGAGAGGAGAAGACAUGAUACAUCCACUGAAAGUUUCUCUGGAAGACCUGUACAACGGGAAAACUACCAAACUACAGCUCAGCAAGAAUGUACUCUGUAGUGCCUGCAAUGGUCAAGGGGGUAAAACAGGGGCCGUACAGAAGUGUGCCACUUGUAGGGGCCGCGGCAUGCGAAUCAUGAUCAGACAGUUGGCCCCUGGCAUGGUUCAGCAGAUGCAGUCUGUGUGCACUGACUGCAAUGGAGAGGGGGAGGUGAUCCAUGAGAAAGACCGUUGUAAAGAGUGUGACGGCCGUAAAGUGAACAAAGAGGUGAAGGUCUUGGAGGUGCAUGUGGAUAAAGGAAUGAAACAUGGACAGAAGAUCACAUUCAGCGGAGAGGCAGAUCAGUCACCUAACACAGAACCUGGAGACAUCAUACUGGUUCUGCAGGAGAAAGAUCACGAGGAGUUUCGUCGGGAUGGGAACGACCUGCACAUUUGCCACACUAUCGGUCUUGUGGAGGCACUCUGCGGGUUUCAGUUCACGCUCGCGCACCUCGACGGACGACAUCUCGUCAUCAAAUAUCCUCCUGGAAAAGUCAUCGAGCCCGGUUGCACAAGGGUGGUCCGAGGGGAAGGAAUGCCUCAGUACAGAAACCCUUUUGAGAAAGGAGAUCUGUACAUUAAGUUUGACGUACAGUUUCCAGAGAGCGGUUGGAUAAGCACAGAGAAACUAACGGAGUUGGAGGAUCUGUUGCCGUCACGUACAGAAGUUCCUGUCAUCUCAUCUGAUGCAGAGGAGGUGGAUUUGCAGGACUUUGACCUCAGUCAGGGGUCUUCUGGUGGCCUCCGACGUGAAGCUUACAACGACAGCUCCGAUGAGGAGGGUGGUCCACAUGGACCGGGGGUGCAGUGCGCCCACCAGUAGUAGUGUUAAAAUUCCCUUUCGUCGGACCCUCAAUCAUUCUUCACACCAUGUAGUUACACACAUGCACUGACAACACACACAUGUAUACGAACCCACAAAUAUGCUGUUUUAAAAGAACAGACAUUCAGCAUAACAAAGAGAAAGCAAAAUAAUUUAUUAAUCACUCUUUUCAUUUCCAUUGUAGACUUUUGCCGUAUAUAAUGCUCUCCGAAUAUAUAUGUUGAUGUUGUUGCGGAGGCAGAGUUUGUUGUUUAAGUUAUAAUCAAAGCACGCACACAUCUGUUUAGAGACUGAGGCAGUGUCAAAUUUCCUGAAGUUCAAUAAAAGUUGUGUUUUGUUAAAUGCUCGCCAGGCAUUGCGCUGUUACAUCAGAGGACGUCUAAAGUACCGGUUUGUUUUUAAAGGAAAACAGAAUAUAAUGCACACGGGCAACAGUGAAUAUCUGCAGAGAAAACAAGCAACUGUAAUGUGUUUUACUGUGCUCAUGUUGUGCAAUAAAGUUAUAAAAUCA